UCAGUUCGUCGAUCCGAAACCGAAAUCGUUUGAUCAUUCCGCUCCACAAAAAGUAAAAGUCAGCUCUAACAUAAUAGUAACCCGCUUCCAAAAAUAUAACAAGCAAAUCUAAUAAUAGGGAGAAAGAUGAUGAAUCGGAGCUUGCGACUGCUUAUUUUAGCCUUGACGGCCGUGGGCUUGGGCUCAGGCUUUACCCCGCUUUCUUCUGGAGUGAAACGACCUUCUGUGGGCUGUGCUGCAUCCACAUCAUCCUCUCAAGAAGAAGAACUGGAAACCAAGUUUCGAGAGAUUGCCACCAAGUUUCGACUGAGUGCUCUUCACAGUGGCUAUGAGUCCAAAGACGCCAAAUAUGGUGUGGAGAAUGUUCGUGCCGCCAUUCCCAUUGAUCCCAGUUUGGGUCUGGAGCUUUUACAAGUGGCUGGUGAUGGGCGCGGUCGCGGGUUGGUUUUGGUCAGUGGGGUGGGUGGGAAUGCGGCUCAAUUUACAUCCAUUGCCGUAGGAGACUCCAUUGUGGGGGUUUCCUGUGGCGAUGACUAUCGACAAAGUGUCACUGGUCUGGAUUACGAUUCUACCAUGGAUGUCAUUAUCCAAGCCAAGACUCAUGCCGAGCUCCUGAACAUUCCAGAAAUUCAUCUCCAGCUGAAUCGAUUGGUAGCACGAGCUCCCGUCCAAAUUCUUUUGGAACGCAACAGUGGUGGUAGUAACUCCGUAAAGACCAUUGACGGUUUGGCAGGAGACAAUCUGCGUCUUGUAUUGAUGAAUCAAGACGUAGAUGUAAAUCGAGGAGGUUCCCACUGUGGCGGUGGUGGAAGUUGCGGCACUUGCAUGGUACGAGUCCUUCAAGGAGAGCAGUUUUUGGACGACAUGACAGGAAAGAAAGAGGACGACAACCUGAGAAAAGCUUGUCAGACAAUCCUUGGCGCCGACAAUCAAGAAUGCACCGUCAGGAUAGAGCUGCCGUGAGCUCAUAUCAUGUAAGGUGCAGGGCCAAGCAGGCUGUCUGUAGUCAAAAGCAACACCUGGUAACUAUAGCUAGCCGCUGGUAGUCAUAGGAAUCAAAUUCUAUCU